CUAUUUCUCUCUUUUAUAAGAUUUUCUCUCUCACCAAAUAUUUCCAUUUCCUCUGCUGCGUGCAAAACCCAAAAUCUUACACCAUGAAUUUAAUCAGCUUACCAUGCUCCCCGAAACAUGGGGUUUUUUCCGUCCUGCUUUUCGUCGUCUUCUUCAUCCUCUCUGCGCCGGUAUGCGAGGCGCAAUUGUAUUCUAACCAAAGUGACCAUUACAGAUAUGCCCGGUUGAGUCCCACGAUGGCAGUGCUCGUAGCGGUCUUGAUUUCCUCUCUGUUUUUCUUGGGACUUUUCUCUAUUUACAUCCGUCACUGCUCUGACGCCGGGAACGGCAGGAGCCAGAGGCGGCUUCCAGGGAUGGGUAGUGGGCGGACGAGGCGGAUGGCGCGUGGGCUUGAGGCGUCCGUGAUUAAGACGUUCCCCGCCAUGGUUUUCUCCGAGGUCAAACACCAUAAACUCGGCAACGGCACGCUGGAGUGCGCCGUGUGCUUGAGCGAGUUCGAGGACCACGAAACUCUAAGGUUGAUUCCCAGAUGCAACCACGUUUUCCACACGGAUUGUAUCGAUGUGUGGUUAGCUCGACACACGACAUGCCCCGUCUGUCGAGCUAACCUCGUGCCCCAACCCGGAGACCCAGUGGCUCAACCCAUUGAGUUUUUAAGUGCCGAGUCAGACCUAGAGGCUCAAGACGUAGUCAUGGAAUCAGAACCGGAAGAUGAACAGAGAUUAAAUGCAAACACCGUGGUGGAGGUACCGGCACCGACAGAAGUAAUUGACGGGAACCAAACUUUGAAUAGGAGCCACACAAGUGGUUCAGGAUCAAGCUGCACUCCAAAAUUCCCUCGUUCACACACCACCGGCCACUCUUUAGUCCAACCGGGUGAGAACACCGACCGGUUCACUUUACGGCUACCAGUUGACAUCCGGAAGCAGGUGAUCAACCGGCAGCUGAACCGGAGCACCAGCAUGAUGAUAUUACCAAGAGAAGGGAGCGCACGGAGGGGGUACCGAAGCGGCGGCGAAGGGAGCAGUAGAGGAAAGCAUUAUAGGCUGUCCGAUAAACCGGACCGACUAGGCAAGUCAGACGGGUGGGUGUUUAGCAUGACACCGCCCUUUUUUAGCAGAGCCUCCUCCAUUAACUCACCCAAAGUAGCACCAAAUUCUGCCGAGGCAACCUCUGCUUUGCCGGCUGCAACCGUGGUUGACUCUGUUCGGCCACCGGUCUAAUGCGGUUAAUAUCUUCUUUUUUCUUUUUCUUUUUCUUUUUUUUUUGAAUUUUUUCCCACAAUUUUAGAAGUUGUUUUCGAUAAUGCUGCGGACUUUUGCGUCCAUAUGUAAAUUGUCUAUACAAUUUUUUUGUUUCUUUCUUCUUUAAUCCUUUUCGUUUAUCUUGAAUUUGAAUCUGAAUUUUGAAGGGUGGUCCUUAGUAGGAAUAUUAUGGCUAAAAAAUUGAACAGAAAAUG